UUCCUUUGACUUCCACCUUUACAAAGAGGUGUUAAUAGACCAAUAUUAUAUACAUUAAUACCUCAGUUAAAACGAUACAGGGGGUACAAAUACAACUCUCCAGCUCCAUGUCAUUAUUGAGAGAGUAUAUAGUCACAGCAGCUUCUAGGCCCCUACUUGAACAUGGCAACUCAGAAAUUUUCAAACUUCUCCAUUGAUUACAUCUUGGGAGAUGCCAGCAAACAAACAACAGAAUCACCUGGAGUGGAUCAUCCAGCAUCUUCUCAUGAGUUCCCAGGGCACUUGACCAAACUGGAUAGAUCUCGAGGUCAUGGUGACCAUGCAGCACUCAUGCUGAACUUUCCAUCUCCAUCAUGGAAUGCAGGAAUGUACAGCUGCUGUGUUCCAGUCACUUAUUAUCAACUGACUUCAAAUUACUAUGCAGGACAACCGUGGACUUUUGCCGCAUCUGGUUGUGAUACAGCUGAUUAUCACUACCACCAAACUGUAGCUCAGAGACAGCGCAGUCGAAUCCGAACGGUUUUUACCGACAACCAGACGGAGCAGCUCGAGCGGCUCUUCGCAAUCACCGAUUACCCGAGCGCUGAAACCCGGGCGGAGUUAUCCAAGAACACCGGCCUCAGCGAGGAGACUGUGCGGGUCUGGUUCAAGAAUCGACGUGCACGUAGAAAGAGACAGACAACCUGCCCAGACAAAAGCACGAGGCGCGCUCCUGUCUGAUGAUAAUCCCGAAUCAGAUUAAUUUAUGACUGAAUCAUCAACACAGACUCAGUGGCUUUUAUAUAUUGUUUUUUAAAAACACUUUUGUUUUACGGUGUAAAAAAAAAACUAAAAUUUUUACUUGAAUAAACAUGCUUUCUCAGUGAAA